AGCCCAAAUGGUGUAGCUAUAGCUGCGCUAUUACUGACUCUUGAAUGUGGGGGGAAACAAAUUAUCUCUAAUUAACCGCUCGCUUUUGAACUCCGGGAGACAAUGGGAGAUGUCAGUGAAGAGUCGUUGCUGGAUUACAUCUUCACAGCGGGGGGGAAAGUUAAGAACGCAGAUUUACUGAAAACAUACAAACAUUUUGUCAAUCAUAACGACAAGCAACUACGUGCUAAAUACAGAGAAGAGUUCAAACUGGUAAUUGACAAGAUCGCUGUGGUGAAGUCAGAGAAUGGGGAGAAGUACCUGGUCCUGAAGAAGAAGUACAAGCAGCUGAUGCAGGAGAGAGAGGCGGAGAAGGGGAUGCCCAGACAGAGGCAGGCGAGCCCACCCAGGCCUGCUGCCAUGGUGCAGUGGGAAGGAGGGGAGGUCCUCACCCCGGAUAGCUCCCAGAAGAGCCCCGGACAGGACACUUACCCCUCCAGCAGCGCCCCCACGGUGCAGACCGAGGUUAAGAAACCUGCCAUGGUGUCCUGGUGCGGAGCGCCUGCCAUCACAGUCACCGAGGCCCCAGAACAGGAAGCUGAGGACAGGGGGCAGCAGAUAGAUGAGGCACCCUCGCUUUCUGUGGCAGAGGAAACGUCAGACGUAGAAACUGAGGAGCGCUCCACUUCCCAAGAUGAUGAUUCCCCCGUCCCCAUUGACGGGGAAGACCAGUUGGACAGAGACACGGAGUCAAAGGGCGAGGUGGAGCAGGAGGCGGAGCCAGAACAGGAAGAGGAGGGAACAGGAAGCAUCGGAUCCAACUCAGUGGCUCUGGAUCCUCUGGAGAAAGAGUGGAUGCAUUCUGCAGCCUGCGGGCGCCUUGUGCACCUAACACAGCUGCUCAAGCAAGAGCCCUCCCUGGCCUACAAAAAGGAUUUCACCUCUGGGGAUGCCAGCGCGGUGAAGUCACGCAUGGGAAUCCUUGGCCUUCGUUCAGAUCCGUGUGCUCGGUGUCCCGGCUUCGCCUGUAUGGCCGACGCCUCAGCAAAGGCAGAUUUUGAAACUCAGGUGACCCUGGUCAAUAACGGGUUAAGGAAGCGUCCAUGA